GAUAAACGGUAUCCAAAACGCGAUGUGCUCAUUAGGACCCGCAGUGGGGAUUGAAGUUGGCAACAAGAAGGGAAAAAGUGGACUUUGAAGUCAGGAUAUACUUCUUCGUUUUGAGUUGAAUCUGGGAAGCAGUAAAGUGGUCGUCUGCUCUGCUGCGUUUCCAGCUCCAGCGUCUCUCGGCCAGUCCCGCGCUGGAAAGCACUUCCAUAGGAGCAAAACGUCAACAACUGUUCGCCCAAGAUGCAGGGGGUUUCAACAACUGAGCUCCCCCCGUCUGCGGUUCAGAGUAAGUGUGGACCUGCCCACUCCCCGCUGCUCGGAAGGGGCGCUCUCCCACCCCCCAGACCAUGUCACAGCCGUCCAGCCGGGAGGCACUGCCCCGACCCUGCCACCGCAUCGAGGAGGCAAAAACCCCAAGUACCCCCUAAACCCCCGCACCUGCUCGGAGCGGGACAGGACAAGAGACACAAGUGGAUUCCGCCUGCCCCCUCACGACCACUGCCUGCCACCCCACCGCCCAAACCCAACAAGACCCCCACCCCCCCAGGGAGGGAGGUGGAGAGGGAGGCUGUCAAAAGUGUCUGCCUGCUCAUCGAGAAGUUUGAAAACUCCAGAGUGCCGAUUCUCGGUGUUCACCGGAGAACUCAGCUGCAUCUGUCCCUGAGCAUGGACACCCCGCCGGACUCCACGGAGCCGCCGGAGCUGCGGCCGGGGACGAGGGACUCCGGCGACGCCGCCUCGGCUGAAAAACUUGCACUCGGCGUCCCCGACAGGAUGGGGGACGUCACGGACCUCUCCGGUUUCGGCGCGCUGCGGAUCGACGGCGUGAGCACCGCGGGCGACGGCGGGCGGGACGAGGACACUGCCAGCCGCAACGCCGACGCCAACGGCACCGAGGGCUCCUGUGAGCUCAGCGACAAUCAGGCCUCGGAGCAGAAUGGGAACGGCAAAAUCCCCAACAGGGACAGCGGGAUCGACAGCCCGUCCUGCAACGUGGAGGGCGAGGUGUUCCCCAACGAGGACGCCAUCGACGAGGAGGACCUGAACGAGAGCGUGACGGAGACCGAGACGGAGAUGGAGAGCGAAGCCAAGGGCUGCGUAGCCAUGGACAACAAGAGGGACUCCACACAGGAUGAGGACAGUGACAUGGAUGAGGGUAGCAGCGGGGAGCAGGAAAGCGCAGACGUGCCAAAGAGCGAGCAGGUGGCGGAAGCGUCCAAGUGCACAGAGUCUCAGAAACUCCUCAAUAUUGCCAGAGAGCUCCUGCAAACAGAGGAGGCCUACGUCAAGAGGCUUCACCUCCUGGACCAGGUAUUUUGCACUAAAUUAACAGAAGCUGGAAUUCCGCACGACGUGAUCACUGGAAUCUUCUCCAACAUAGCCUCCAUCUACUGCUUCCACUGCCAGUUCCUCCUGCCGGACCUGAAGAAGCGGAUCACCGAAGAGUGGAACUCCAACCCUCGUAUUGGUGACAUUCUCCAGAAGCUGGCACCUUUCAUGAAGAUGUACGGCGAGUAUGUGAAGAACUUCGACCGUGCCAUGGAUCUGGUCAACACGUGGACACAGCGGCACUCUCAGUUCAAGAGUGUGGUUCAAAACAUCCAGAAACAGGACGUGUGUGGGAAUCUGACGCUGCAGCACCACAUGCUGGAGCCGGUGCAGCGGAUCCCACGCUACGAGCUGCUGCUCAAGGACUACCUGAAGAAGCUGCCUGAGGAUGCACUGGACAGGAAAGAUGCGGAGAAAGCACUAGAGCUCAUCUCUACUGCAGCCAAUCAUUCCAACGCUGCCAUCAGGAAAAUGGAGAAGAUGCACAAGCUGUUGGAGGUGUACGAGAGACUGGGAGGAGAGGAGGACAUCGUGAAUCCAGCCAACGAGCUCAUCAAAGAGGGUCACAUCAAGAAGAUGUCAGCCAAGAACGGCACUGCCCAGGACAGAUAUCUGUACCUGUUCAACAACAUGGUGCUGUACUGUGUUCCGAAGUUAAGGCUGAUGGGACAGAAAUUCAGUGUGCGGGAGAGGAUCGACAUCGCAGGCAUGGAGGUGCAAGAGAAAGUGAAGCACAACCUGCCUCAUACAUUCGUUAUUAAUGGGAAACAGAGGUCUCUGGAAUUACAAGCCAGGACCGAGGAGGAAAAAAAGGAUUGGAUUCAGGUGAUUUUGGCCACCAUCGAGAGGCACAAGCAGAAUAGCGAGACAUUCAACAAAGCCUUCAACAGCUCUUUCUCACGUGAGGAGGACCAGCCCGACUCUCCGGGGCCCUGGAACAAUACGUCCAUAGAUUCAGACGGAGGGGGUCUGCAUGAGCGGAAGAGCUCCAGGAAGAAGGAGAAGGAGAAGCAGACGUGUAAAGGCUGCAACGAGAGUUUCCACUCCAUCACCAAGCGCCGGCAUCACUGCAAAGCUUGCGGAGCGGCAAUCUGUGGGAAAUGCUCAGAGACGAAGAUCUCGGAGAACAAGGCCAGCCGUGUGUGCCGGGAGUGCUUCAACGGAAUGGGGAGCCAGGGGCCGGAGGGGCCGGGAGCCGCGGGGGAGCAGAGGAAGAAGGCCGGGGUGGAGAAGCAGAACUCCCUGGGGACAGAAAACUGCCUUUUCUGCAGCCAUCUCCAGGUCCAGGAGAAGGGGAAGAGUUGGACCAAAGCUUGGGCUGCCGUCACCAAGACUGAGCCACUGGUACUGUACCUGCAGAUGAGCGGUCAGGAGAGUCGUGGGGCCCGGGCCUUCCCCCUGGUUGGGUAUGAGGUGAGCGUCCCGGCGGAUAAGCAGGAGAUGAAGCACGUCUUCAGGCUCAGCCAGUCCCAGCACACGCUCCUGCUCAGUGCCCAGGACUCCGAGCUCCAGACCAAGUGGGUGGAGCUCCUCACUCGAGCGGCCAAGGGGGAAGCCCCCGCAGAGAUACCCGUCAGCCAAGCUGAACUCAGAAAGAGCCAAUAGCAGGCUGCCGCUGAAGCCUCCGGACCCUCCCAGCCCCACCGGUGUACAGCACACACAUUACUUGAAUUCACUUUACCUUGGCACUUUUUUUGUUUUUCUUUAAGGGACUCCUCUGCCCUGACCCACCCCCAUCAUGUUUGUAUCUGUGGUUAUGUUUUUUUUAAUAGUUGUUCUCCUCCCUGGAGAAAAAUCUUCUGAAUCCUUUUUGUAUUAUAGCAUAAGAUAUCUUAGAAGGCAUUCAUUAAACGGUGGUUUUUAUUGUUUUUUUUUUUUUUAUUUUAUUUUUUUUUUACAAAGAGUUUCCUGUACAUUGUGUGACCGUUUUGUGAAGCAUUAACCCCCGCCUGUGUUUUGCUCAUGUAUGUUGCAGUAUUGACUAAGUGGUUAAUGCUCUGCGCGGCCCAGCCUCUCAGCCCACGCCCCCACCCCGUCUCAGUGGCUGCUCUGUGAAGAAUGUACAGUGUGAAUAGUGUUUCGUUAGUAACUGAAGCUCCAUUUUAAGUUAUGCGAUGUGACAGUCUGUGGCCGGCCACUGGAUGCUCCCCUUUCCACACCUCCCCGCCCCCCACCCCCUCCUACU